AUGGAUGUGUUUAUCAAAAACAGGGCUAGUUUGGUUCUUGUUCUGGCAGAGUUUCUUAAUCGUACAAAAAUGUACAGCAAGCAGGAACAGGCUGGGCCAGGCAGCAAUGCCAAACUGCGUGCCCUAGCAACAGCCCUGUCCCCAGGGUUCCUGAGGUUUGGUGGCACCAAGACAGAUUUUCUCAUCUUUGACCCCAACAAGGAAUCUACUUCAGAAGAAAAAACCCUCUGGGAACUUGAGACACAGCAAGAGGCUUGUGGCUUGACCCCUGCAUUUGCUGCUGUUGAGAAGGUUCUGCUGGCCCAGUGGCCCAGCCAGGAGAAGCUGAUUCUUGCCGAGUAUAACCGGAAAAAGCACAAAAACACCACCAUUACAAGGAAUACAGUGGAUAUUCUCUACAGCUUUGCAAACUGUUCAGGGUUUCAUCUGAUAUUUGGGCUUAACGCCUUGCUACGGAAAGAUGGCUUGCAGUGGGACAGCUCAAAUGCCCAGGUGCUGCUGGACUACUGUGCCUCGCAGGGUUACAACAUCUCCUGGGAGCUUGGGAAUGAGCCCAAUAGCUUCAGGAAGAAAUCUGGCAUCUACAUCGAUGGCUUCCAGCUGGGGCAAGAUUUUAUUCACUUACGGCAACUUCUGAGUAGCUACACCCUCUACCGGCACGCGAAGCUCUACGGUCCUGACGUGGGGCAGCCCCGAAAGCACACGCAGAGCCUGCUGAGAAGCUUCCUGAAGUCGGGAGGGAAGGUGAUCAACUCAGUCACGUGGCACCAUUACUAUGUGAAUGGACGAAGUGCAACGAGGGAGGAUUUCUUGAGCCCCAAAGUGCUGGAUAGCUUUGCCACAGCUGUACACGAAGUCCUGGAGAUUGUUGGUGGGACUGUGCCCAAUAAGAAGGUCUGGCUAGGAGAGACAAGUUCUGCCUACGGAGGGGGAGCUCCCAGGCUGUCCAACACUUAUGUUGCUGGCUUUAUGUGGUUGGACAAACUUGGGCUUUCAGCCCAGCAGGGGAUUGAUGUGGUGAUGAGACAGGUUUUCUUUGGGUCAGGGUCCUAUCACCUGGUGGAUGUCAACUUUGAACCUUUGCCGGACUACUGGCUCUCACUGCUCUACAAGAAGUUGGUGGGUACCAAAGUGCUGCAGGUCAGCCUGGAAGGAGCUGACAAGAGGAAGCUCCGCGUCUACCUCCACUGCACAAACACCCUCCAUCCAAAGUACAGAGAAGGGGACGUGACGCUGUUUGCCUUAAACCUCUACAACGUUACCCAACAUUUGCAGCUACCAAAUUACUUAUCCAGCAAGCAUGUGGAUCAGUACCUCUUACUGCCUCAUGGCAAAGAGAAUAUACUUUCCAGGUCUGUUGAGCUGAACGGCCGUGUGCUUCGGAUGGUGGAUGACAAAACGCUGCCAGAGCUCACAGAAAAACCCCUUGGUCCUGGCAGUGUACUCGGCCUUCCCGCCUUCUCUUACGGCUUUUAUGUUAUCAAAAAUGCCAAAGCUAUUGCUUGCAUUUAA